CGCACUUCACCAUUCAGCACAACAGAGCUAUCUGUCGCUCUCACCUCCAAUUAAUAUCCGCGUUUGCGAGGUUAACACUUCAUUUUGAGUCUUUUAUUUUUUCCCCUCUUGUUUGUUGUUUUUGAUACGACGGGGUUGGGUAUCCUACCAUGCCCUCUGCGUAUGGAUCGUCUCUGCAAGAGUAGGCGAACAAAGCACAUCAAGCCUCUCCAGAGAACUCCCUCCUCAGAAAAUUUCGGAUUUUUGUCUGUAAGUCAUCAGGAUAACCGCUUGGCAUCUUCGCUUUUUUGGGCUACGCUGCCUUAUGUCAUAUUCACUGGGAAAGAGCACGCUUUUAACGAUGGAUACGUUUUUCCUUAGCCCGACGGAUAGGCAUUUCAUGUAGGAAACACCCGAUCCCGCUGCUGGACAAAAAUAAUGGCAAGAUUUUGGAUAGCUUUGGACGCGUUGGUUUGCUGGGAAUAGAAUAGGCCUGCGUCGAUGCUUGAAAACAAAAACAGCUCUGUAUUACACCAUAUAAACUCUUACUUUCCCAAGUCCUGAAUUAUAAUAUAUGAAAAAUUAUCUGAGCACUGAUAAAAAUAACAAACACAACCACACCGACAAAACAUGGAACACACCGGGAUCGAGGAGGUGAACCAGACUCACCAGCAGCAGCAUGAACCCAUCAGCUUCGGGAUCGACCAGAUCCUGAACAGUUCGGACCAGUCCAGCGGCUGCAUGCUGCCCAACCGGACCGGAGACCCGGAUUACGCGCUGGCCUCCAACGUCUACACCAACGGGUACAACAGCGUCUACAACCCGGCCUGCUCCAUGGCGGCGGCGGGGCUGGCCGGCUCCUACAACGUCAACAUGAACAUGAAUGUCAGCAUGAACAUGAACAUGAACGUUAACGUGAACUCGGGCAGCGCAGGAGGGGUGAUUCGGGUACCGGCGCACAGACCCAUGCCGCCUCCGCCGCCGCCUGCCGCCGCCGCGCCGCAUCCGCCCCCUCCGACGCAUCCGCCGGGCAUCGGUCCUGGCAUCCCCGCAGUGACGGCGGUGCCCGGUAUGGGGAUGGGGAAUGCGGCAAACUUCACCUUCCCCUGGAUGGAGAGCAGUAGGAGGUUUGCCAAGGACAGACUAACAGGGGAGCAGGCAGAGGAGAGCCGAGCAGCAGAGGCCGCGGGGGGGCCGGGGGCCGCCGGGCCCCUGCCAGGUCUCUGUCCGCUCCCCAAGGGAGACAUCGGCAGGGUCCCUGUCUGGAGCACUGUGGAGACAUUAGCAAAAUGCUAUUACCCCGAGCUCGCUCACCUGCGAGACAGUGGCAGUGGCCUUCUAGCAGAAUAUCCUUUCCCAAAGGGGGCUUGCCCAGCUGCUCUCUCGCCCUUCUCCGUGACCCGUCGCAUCGGCCACCCUUACCAGAACCGGACGCCACCCAAGAGGAAAAAGCCCCGCACCUCUUUCAGCCGAGUGCAGAUCUGCGAGCUGGAGAAGCGCUUCCACCGGCAGAAGUACCUGGCGUCCGCCGAGCGCGCCACCCUGGCCAAGGCCCUGAAGAUGACGGACGCACAAGUCAAAACCUGGUUCCAGAACAGGCGGACAAAAUGGCGGAGGCAGACUGCGGAGGAGAGAGAGGCUGAGAGGCAGCAGGCCAACCGGCUGAUGCUGCAGCUUCAACAGGAAGCUUUCCAGAAGACGUUGAGCCAGCCUCUGCAGCAGGACCCGCUCUGCCUGCACAACUCCUCCCUGUACGCCCUGCAGAACCUGCAGCCCUGGGCAGAAGACAAUAAGGUGACCUCCGUCACCUCCGUGGCAUCUGUGGUGUGAUACUGUGUGCAUGUGUGUGUGUGUGUGUGUGUGUGUGGGUGUGUGUGUAAUGAGUGAGAGAGACAGCAGGGGAUGAAAUGUUUAUCAGAGUGUCAUCAGUAUAAAUGGACAAAUGGGAGGAGCCUGUUUCUUCAGUCUAAUUGUGUCUGACGUUCAGAAACGCAGCACCAUUAUGGGAUUGUCAUAGAAACAGGAAAAUGAUGUUGGCUUUGGAAAAGAUUUGAAUGGACAUGGUGUUUCCUCAUUCAUUGAUCGUAACCAGCAUGUGGGGGAGAAGUGUAGAGACAGCUAUCAUUUACUGCCAAGACCCACAAAAACACUGGGCGCGGACUUCGCACCAUCGGAGCCGCGCGUUUGGGCCCGCUGAGAUUGCCGAUUGCCGUUUGUCAAAGUCGAAAUUAAGCAAUCAGUCUGCAGCUGUUAUCUUAAAUAGUUAUCUUAAAAAGUCUGUUGAGUCAUUUUCCUGCCUUACACAAGAUUUCCACUUUCCCUUCAGCUGUCGGUCUAAAAGAGGAGAGGGCGCUUUAUCCAUAAGUGCCAGGAAACAAAUGGACACCUCUAUAGAUGCCCAACUAUCAAGACUGUCCCCCUGUUGCCUCUGGAGCUCUCAAGAGGCGGCAGAGACUCUGACUCUCUGCCGAACGGCAAAAAAUUGACCUCCUUUUUUCGCUUUUGACUUUGUACAAUGUAGUAAAUGCAUGUUUCAAACCUUUUCUGUGUGCACUCGGAAGUACCAUUGAAGUCGCCUGCCGUCGAGGUGGACCUCCUCCCCGAUCGCAGUUUGCAAGUGGUAGUCGAUUGGUGGAAUUCCUGCCCAUGGAAUCCUCAUGUGUUCAAUUUCAAGGUGUUUUAUAUUAAAUGAUAUU